CAGAAAUUUGCCAGAAUGUGCCAUGGCGGCUGUUUCAAUCAACUUCCGCAAGCUGUUGCAAUGGCCGCUACAGUAGAAUGUAGAAGGGACGCGAAAAUGGCGCUUGUUCAUGACGAGCUUGUGACCCGUGUCGUGUAAUCAAAGGACGCCAGAGCUUCUGAGAGGGCCGGAGAGAAGCUUGAUCCAAGUUCUAGUUCUGGUUGAAUGGGGGAAUCUUUUGCUUCAUGUCCAAUAGUCUGCUGAAUUCCAGCUUCAAUAGCCAAAAUUGAACUUUCAAUGCCAGCACACUGGACUGCACCAACAUCCUUCAAAGUAAGAGGCAAGCAGGCCAGAGCUAGUGGACGCCCCUUCUUGUGGCCACAGAUUCUCUAUAUUUCUCCCGCUGCCACAUUCCUGCUUCUUUCAACAGCGAUCCUGGGCUCUCUGUUAAUUUGGUUUUCAGCUUCACUCCCCCAGACCCACAAGAACCCCAUUGCAAUGGCGGCAGCCGUCAAAGCACCCGCGACCAUAAUAAGCCCACUGUUUCUCUCCCACGGGUCUCCGACGCUGCCCAUAAGCGACACCCCAACGAGGACGUUCCUUGAAGGGCUGGGCAGACAAAUCUCGCCAGUGCCAAAGGCGAUCCUGGCGGUGUCUGCGCACUGGACCACGUCAGAGCCGAGCGUGACGCUCACAAAUGCGCCUGAGACAAUUCACGACUUUUAUGGUUUCCCUGCCGUGCUGUAUGAGCAAAGAUACCCUGUCCCUGGCGCUCCUGAGCUGGCCCGCCGCACCGCGAGCUUGCUUAGAGCGGCGGGGCUGCCUGUGAGAGAAGACAAGAAGAGGGGCCUGGACCACGGGGCCUGGGUGCCCCUCAAACUGAUGUACCCUGAGGCACAAAUACCAGUGGUGCAGCUAUCGGUCAUGCCGGAUAAAGACGCCGCUUUCCACUUCCGGUUGGGGCAAGCUCUUGCCCCCCUGAAAGAGGAGGGAGUCCUUGUGAUGGGCUCCGGGGGGGUCGUCCAUAACUUAGGAGAGGUCUUUGGUCGUACCCCUGCCGCUAAGGGCGACGGCAACUGGGCGAGAGACUUUGCGGACUGGCUGGACUUGGCGCUCAUGGAGAAGAGAUUCUCUGACGUUUGCUCGUAUUUGGAGAAGGCUCCCCACGCUCGGAGGGCACACCCUUCUCCCGAGCACUUCCUACCCCUCCACGUGGCACUUGGAGCUGCCGGAGAAGACGCCGAGGCAAGACAACUGCACGACAGUUGGGAGUUCAAGGUUCUAGGCCUGACUUCGUACGAGUUUGUACCAAAGGGCAAUGUACCUGUGGCAGCCUGAUUGAUACGACCAAUUCUUGUAGCUCGAUCAUCGUGUCUGCUCUAAGUCAAUCAUAGUAUUAACAUGGUUUACAUUUGUGCUCUAUGCUUUCAAGCCUUCGCAUUAAUUCUCGAGCGAAGUGACGAGACAUUGGGUUGCUAACCAUUGAUUUGACCGCAACGGUGUAGAAGACAAAAUUGUACAUCGGUAUCGGAGUCACUCCGUAGUGCACUGAAGGUUAAAACGUGCAAGCACGACUUCAUGACAACGAGGGCCUGUACAUAGAAGUAGCCGCCGUCUUCAACCUCAGCCUGCAUCUGCUUCAAUCAUAGGCUUGAAUCUUCACAAGUGGACCGUCCAACUUGAAUCAGUGUCACAUGCAUCAUGCACGCUUUCGGAUGUUGAAUCGAACUGUAGUCGAACUGUAGUACUUGAACUGUAGUCGAACUCUUCGACUUGAGACCCGGC